AUGGUUGUUGAGGAGAGAAAAAGGUUUUGUUAUGGACCACAUUGUCCGGGAUUUCAGCAGUUGGACGCGAAGGAUAGACCAGUUCCGAAUCCCCCAUAUCGAUUCAAUGCGUGGUUUUACCAGGGGGUUUCGCCGGAAAAGUUGUAUCCGGAAACAAUCGUGGAGAAAUUAACAGAGUGGCUCCUGCAGUAUGAGAGGAGUAAAAGCGGGUGA